AUGCUCGCCCGCAAUGCCCUCAACACCUCCAGAGCACAGGCACGAGCGACGUGCUUGUGCGCUCGUGCACGGACACUAGCCACCGUCACUGACACCGCCGGGCCCUCAUCUACCGCGGCCCCGUCUGGCACCUCUGGGCACAAAAAGUCCAAGCCGAAUAUCAAUACCGCCGUGAUCCUUAACCGCUCUCCCAUCAUCACCCGCACACCGAGUCCAUUCGAACGCGCCUACUAUGCCUAUCACGCGCGGAUCCAGCGUGCGCUCUUCAACCCGUUCCCUGGCGACUUCUACUUCAAGCAGGGCUCACUCCUCGAGGGCAAGUUCGCGGAAGAAGAGAAGGAGCGCGAGCGGCUAGCGUUUGGUGGACCGCGGUUCGGAAAGGGCAAGGAACUAGACGGUGACUCUACCGCGGCGACGGCACCGAGCAUGGUGGAGGAGGUUGUAAGUACUGAGUCGGGAGAAGAGUGUAUGCCGAGAAUACACGAGGCAGACAUGAAGGGUGAUGUGCGGAGUCUGGACAGACAAGGGGAGCGCAACCUGUACCUCCUCCUGCAAGGCAAGGACCAGUCAGGGCGGGAUGUUUGGAGAUUCCCUCAAGGAGGCAUUCGGGAAGGAGAACUGCUGCAUGAGGCUGCAGAACGAGACCUCCAUGAUGAAUGUGGUCCCAAUAUGGACACAUGGGUCGUGAGCCGGAAUCCAAUAGGCGUGUACAAACCCACUAUCGAUUCAAUAUCGCCAUCACAGAUAUACGUGUUCUUCUACAAGGCCCAUAUCAUGGCUGGCCAGGCUCGGCCAGAUGGCAAGAACAUCCUCGACUUCGCUUGGCUUACAAAAGAGGAGAUUCAACCUCGAGUCGACCAGCAAUACUGGUCCGGUGUUAGGGAUAUGCUAUCAGACUUUUAAUAUAUCCACCGUGCAUCUCUGAG